AUGCACCUGCACCAUCUUCUCACUGGCUCUUAUACCAACACCUCGCUCUUUCUCCUUGCUUUCGAUACCAUAUCCAGAACCCUGACUCUCAAUUCAACCGUCCCGGGAUACGGCUUGCACCAAUUCGUGACCAGCAAUGCAGCCAAGGAUAGAGUUUACGCGACCACCAUGAGCGAGCCUCCCCGGUUGUUCGCCUGGAGCGUGGAUGAGGACUAUCAGUUCACCCAUCUCGAUACCGUGAAUAUCACGUCCUCGUCGUGCUAUAUCUCGGACAAUAGCCAGUUCACCUUCAGUGUCGGCGGGCCAACUGCCCGGAUUCAUGCCCUCGACCAGGAUGGUAGCAUAGGCGAACAAGUCGACGAGCUCUACCUUAUCCCUGAGGAAGAUGUUGAAAGAGUUGACAAGACUCGGAAUGCUGUUCUGUACGGUGGUCAUGGCUUUGAUGUCAAUGUGAAUGGCAAAGGAUUUGUGCCUCACCUUGGUAUGAACUCCAUUUACAUGUACGAUAUCGGCGCAAAUGGCACGGCUCGGCUGCAAUCCAUCAAUACAAGCCCGACAGAGGGCGACGGUCCGCGCAACUCGUACCCUAGCAAAGAUGGAAGACUUCUCUAUGUGGUAACUGAGCACACUCAAUGGCUCGACGUCUACGAGAUCACCAACACCCAGCUAAAGCAUAAGCAGCGGGCCAGCGCCAUUCCCGACAACGUCCGAGGCGGAUUCACCUUCCGUAGUAAUACUGUCCAGCCCUCCCGCGACGGCAAAUAUCUCUUCACUUCCACCCGCAGCUGGAACAACAGCGAGGCAAAUGGAUACGUUGCGGCGUUCGCGCUGGAUAAGAAGGGCUAUCUCCAGAAAGAAGAGGCUCUCACUUUCUACGAGGCGCCGGUGACCCUGGGCUCUGCGGGCGGACUCCGCGUGGCACCCUGGGUUGACGAGACCAAUUGUGAUCCCAAUGGCCUGACGGAUUAUAUGUAUCUCAGUGAUACGUCCGAGGGAUGGAUGUUUAUCCUGGGCUGGACUCCUUCUAAUCAGACCCUGGGGCUUGUGGCGUCGCUUUUGUACCCGGACAAUGCGGCGCCGUAUGAAGCUACCUGGUUGGAUUAA